GAAGGAUUCUGCCUGCCUGGACCUGCUGCUGCUAGCGGAAGUGAAGCUUCUGCGAAGCACAACACAGCAUUAACUGAAAAGAGAGGCUAUGCACAACACACAAUUUGUAGCUGAUUAGGGAGGUCAGUGAUACCAUGUGGAAGUCACAUGAGCGACGAGGAUGAGGCAGAAACAACAAGGGGGCAGCUUGAGGAGUGAUCCGCUGCACAGUGACUGCAACAGGGAGGGUGUCUGCUGCUCGUAAAGGCCUUGCACAAGCAGCCCCCUGUGUCCCCUUAUCACUUAACAUUUACAAUGAACAGUACUACUCAGUCCCCUGCCACCAUAGAUGGGAAUGUGGCUGUCAGCUAUGUGCUGGUGCCAUUUUUCCUCAUAACCUUUGCUGGGAUAAUUGCAGCUGUGAUAAUGUAUAUUCGUAGGAAAAGGAGAGUUGACAGACUGCGUCAUCAGCUAUUACCAGUGUACACGUACGAUCCUUCAGAGGAGAUUAAUGAAGCUGAACAAGAAAUGUUGUGGAGAGAAGAGGACACAAGGAUUGUACAAAGUUGGGCGUCAAGUUAUCAACAGCAACACCCUCUUCUGACCAAAGACGUCAAUGCAUGAUGUUGGUAAACCCUGACAUUGAGCACUGUGGGGUGUGACGACAAACCUGCAACCACAGAGAUCAGUAAUUUUUAUCGUGAUGUACAAACAAUCGUGUACAAUACUUCUUUGCUUUUAUUUGCUUCCUUUUACUGUCAUCUCUGAGCACAUCGGUGACGAUGAGCAUUUUCCUGUGUUCUCUUUUAUGUACACUUUGACUUUGAACUUCUGAUGCCAAUACUGUGUGCCUAACAGUCUCGGUACCUUAAGAUUAUUUAUUUGAAAUUAUUUAUUUAAACCUGUUUUUAUUGAAAAAUUCAGUGACAUGACUCAAAGUUUCAAAGGUACAGGUACCUGUAGAUUUUUAAUCUGUUGUUUACAUUUGCUAUGUUGUUGUGGGCGACGUGUGGCAAGCUGUUAUGUUCCUGUGGGUUGCAGUGAGCAUUCGUACUAGCUGUGCUCUUCGUGGCACGAAUGUGCUGUACCCUUUAAAAAUCAGCAGUCCUGCUGCGAGAGGAAUUGUGAUCAUUGCCUGCACUGGUGAUUUUAAACGAGUUGUGUGCAGUGCAUUAGAAAAACAAAUCAUCCUCUGAUAAAAUGACUAGUGUAGCGUUCAACAGUUACAUUGUUGCAAAACUCUCAGAAAGAGUUUUAAACAUGAAAGCCUCAUAUUGCUGAAAAAUAAAAUUAGCAGCUAAGAUCAAGCUGCUAAAUUUGAUUUCAGUUUCAUUUUCAGUGAAAUGAUUGAACAGCUUGCUUUAGUUUUACUUUGCUUAAAGAAUGCCUGGAGAUUCACAUCUUUUUGUGGUUUAGCCAAAUCCUGUGACUCUUAUCAAUGGCAUGAAAAGCCAGAUAGUGGAAGUAAAUAACACCAAACUCUCAUCCCUAAAAUGAGCUCUGACUAGCUCUCAAAAUAUUUCCUGUCUACAAGGCAUGGCACCAACAAAUUUACCUCCAGCUGAAGAAUCUGUUCAGAUGAAUGCCAUAAGUCUGACUGUUUUAAGCACUCAGGAAGUCUUGCUCUUUUUUUCUUUACGAGUCAUAACCUCCCCGGUUCCUUUUUUGCCUUGCAUUUGUGAAUGUAAACUAAGAACAAUUGAACUGUUUAACUGCCCUCAGAUGGGGGAAACAUUACUCAGUCCAACAGCUAAUGUAUUGUACUGAGCAUGUAAUGCUCAAACAUAUCAUGUUAUCAGUUAUGACAUCUAAAAGUGUGGGCGGCAUGGUGGUGCAUAACAAGCAAGAAAGUUCUGGGUUUAAACCUUUCUGUGUGGCAUUUGUUUUCCCACUGUGCUUUAUCCACAGUGUCAGAAGAAAAUCCACACUCCAGGGCUGGCUCUGGGUGUGACUGUUGCUGGUUGUCUCAGCGCUAGUCCUUGCUUCCACCUGUCCAGGGAGUGCCCUACCUCUCCGUGGGUUGGGCUCCAGCCCCACCCUGACCCUCUACAGCUGUGGUUCUCAAAGUUUUGCUUACCAUUUGGUGGUCUGUCAUAGCGGUGCACAAAAAGAUGUAGGAGCAUUUCUAUUAAAUUACAACACAUUUAGCUGUAGUUAUCAUAGAUGAAUGAAUCUUAUUAACACUGACAAAUACAGAUGGUGUAAGGCGAUGUAAUAUCCACCUCAGUAAUUGUUAAAGCCCAGCAAAACACACACAAAAAAGCAAAUGCCAACAUGAAGCACUAUUUGCUGAACAGCCACUUUAAAGUGUGGAUUUUUCCUGGCUAGUCCACUUACAGUGGCUCCCUAAACUUUGAGAACCCAGCUCUGCAAACUUGGGAUGGCCAACUAGUUAUUAUACCCAGAGGUGCUUAAGUAUCAGCCUAAUUGUGUUUCUAUUCUAUGCAUUGUCUAGAGUUUUUCAGCUUUUGUGAAGAAUUUUAUGAAAUGAGCCAUUCAUCUUUAAAAUUGUAUCCACUGUUGACUUAGAUUUGCACAGGUGACACACCAGAGGGGUUCUACUAUGAAGUUCAACAUUGCAAGGCUUUCUUGACAAAACCUAAAACCCCUGUCAGAUAAAAUGGGUAAUGGUGUUUUUCAACUGUUAAGGCAGGUUUUCUGCUUCAGCUUCUGCGAGUGCUCACAUAAAAGUGGCGUUUCAUCAUGUGACUGAUCUUCUACACAGAAUUGAUCCCUAUGAGCCCAGCAGCUGUAGACGUUAUCAAGCGGUGGUGCACUCUCAGUGCGACUGCUUAUUUCUAACAUGACGACCGCACAUUAGAGCUCUGAAACUUUGGAUUGAUUUAAAUAUAAAGGUUACUGUCCCAUCACCUAAUGAAGUGAAAUUAAUUUUAUUGGUUGAUAGAGAUUCUUGGUUAUGUGGUAUAGUAUCUGCAGAAGAAACUUGGCUAACUCUUAAAUCUCACUUUGUAGUACACCCCUCUGGAAAACUUUGCAUGAAAGGCUGUGCAUUCAGGUGAUGUUUGAUGAGAUGGACUGAUGCAAAUGUAAUUUUGGGAACAUUGUUACAAUCUUUCUCCUUUCAGACCGUACAUCCAUUGGUUCAAGAGACUUGGUAAGGUAUUUGAGACACUGGAAAUGUAAUUAUUUACUUUUGUAGAUAGUUGCAAUGCAUCAUUGUAGCCUGCAUGAGCUGCACAGCAGAGUGCAAUAAUAUGAACAAGUGACAAAGAAAAUUCUCUUUAUUGACCAUUUUCUGAUACAAAUUGUUGUAGGGCACCAUAGAAAUAUAGACAUUGUACAUUUAUAUACGUGUACAUUAAAAAGAAUGAUCCCAUCCUAUUGAGUUUACAGUAUAUAAAUCAACGGAUGACUGACGUUACUAUGUAAAAUGACAUGAUAUCGAGACUAGGAGGAAGUUGAUAGAGGACAUGAAAUGACCGUUGUACGAGUAUGGUGAGGAUGGCUACGUGUGGCAGUGGUAGACACACGGUGGCCAACGGAACAUGGAAAAAGCGCCCAGUCCAUCACAAACAUUUGUCCAUGAAAAUCUGAACUAACAUUUCAGUGCACCAGAAGAAUUUUUCUUAAGGAUAAAAACACACUUGCUAAUCUACCACAGUCAGCGAACACAGUCGUCAAGCUGACAGGUCUCCCUGACUUGCUUCACACAUUUACUCAAAAAAACAAAACAAAAAAAAAAACCUGUCUGCAAGCUCCGGUUAUGAAUGAGCCAAGAAGUGUUGGUGUCGUCACACAAUCACAUGCUCGACCUCUUGGAUCUCUCAUUACAGUCAGGAGAGGAAAAAAAAAAAUACAAA